AUGGCGGGCGGUUGCGGGCGGCGGCGGGCAGCGGCCUGGGCCGUGGGCCUGGGGCUCUGCGCGGGGCUGCUGGCGCUGGUGGCCGCCGUCCUGCUCCGUACCUACCUCCUGCGCGCCCCGGCCAUCCCCCGGCUGUGGGCGCGGCGCGGCGGCACCGCCGCCUUCAGUGCCGGCGAGAGGCUGGAGCUCAAGGAGGCGCUGCGAGGUGCUAUUAAAAUCCCAACGGUUUCCGUAUCUCCAGAGGACUUGAAUACAACUGCCAUGGCAGAAUUUGGGAAUUACAUUCAGAAAGUCUUCCCGGCUGUAUUUUCUUCAAAGUUCAUUCAACAUGAAAUUGUUGGGAAAUACAGCCAUCUCUUUACUGUUCAGGGUUCUAACCCUGAGCUGAUGCCCUAUAUGCUGCUUGCACACAUGGAUGUUGUGCCUGCUCCCCCAGAGGGCUGGGAUUUCCCUCCUUUCUCAGCUGCAGAGCACGAAGGUUUCAUCUAUGGACGAGGAACGCUGGAUAACAAAAACUCUGCCAUAGCUAUUCUGCAAGCUCUAGAAUUUUUGCUGAGAAGAAAUUACAGACCCCGCAGAUCUUUCUAUGUUGGCAUUGGGCACGAUGAAGAGGUGUCUGGUUGGAAGGGGGGAAUGAAGAUUGCAGCUCUCUUGGAAGCAAGAGGAGUGAAACUCUCCUUCUUACUAGAUGAGGGAAGCGCGAUACUAGAUGGCAUCAUUGCAGGAGUGCAGAAGCCAGUAGCUGUAAUUGCUAUCACAGAAAAGGGUUCAAUGACACUGAACUUCACUGUGGAAAAAGAGCCAGGACAUUCAUCCUUUCCUCCUAAGGAGACAAGUAUUGGCAUUCUUGCAGCAGCAAUGUCCAGACUGGAGCAGAAUCCCUUGCGCAAUCUCUUUGGCCAUGGGCCAGAACUGAUGACAAUGGAGCACCUUGCAUCAGAGUUCAGGUUUCCUCUCAAUGUCAUCAUGAGCAAUCUAUGGCUGUUUUCACCUAUUGUCAGCAGAGUUCUUGCCUGGAAACCAUCCACCAAUGCCUUGAUCCGAACUACAACAGCAGUCACCAUGUUUAACGCAGGAAUCAAGGUAAAUGUUGUCCCAUCUUCUGCAAAAGCCACUGUGAACUUCAGGAUCCACUCUGCAGAGACAGCUGCUGAGGUGCUGGAGGCUGUUAGAAACACUGUUGCUGAUGACAGAGUGAAGAUUGAUGUAGUAGAUGCCUUUGACCCGCUCCCCAUCAGUCCUUGGGAUGACCAGACGUUUGGAGUCCAUAUUUUUCAAAGAACCAUUCUGGAUACGUUCCCAGAUGUUGACAGUGUCGUCCCAGGCACGUGUGUUGGAAACACAGACAGCAGGCACUUCACUAACGUCACAAACGCCAUUUAUCGAUUUAACCCCCUGCUCUUGAAAUCAGAGGAUCUUCCCAGGAUCCAUGGGCUGAAUGAGAGAAUCUCAGUUGAGAAUUAUGAGAAACAGGUCGAGUUCCUCUUCCAGCUGAUGAAGAACUGCGAUACGGAGAAGCUGCCGGAGCCUCACGCAAACUCCCACGAGCUGUGAGAAGAGCAGCUACUCAGGUGGACUCUGGGAUGGCAGGGGAUGGGCUAUAGCAUCCAGUUUGGCUUUUGUAUAUUGUGGUUUACAUACAGAUGGAAAAACUGCUGGUUGCUGCUUGAGGCAAAUGUAGGGUUUGCUGGAAAGUGAUAAGAACCUGGACAAAACACAACGAAUAACGCUGGUUUCUCUUCCUCCCUGGUCUGACAUGCAGCCGUUAGUCUGAUGGUAUUAAUUUUUUCAGUGCUUUCUUUAAGCCUCUGAAAUUGGUAGUCACUUAAAAAUUCUAAGCUAUAAUCAGCAGUCACUUGCCUAUCAGUAAAAGAGGGGAAUUGUCCUGUGUGUGCUUUUGACAAACUCAUUUUAUACAGUUGAUUGAUUUUUCAUAAAUGAUGUGUCUUGUCAAAAGCCCACGUGAAAGAUUUGUGUCGUGGUGUAGGUUUCAUGUAAUUGGUAGAAUGACACUAAGAGUUUGUGGCCCUGCUGCUCAGUCUGGGCUCCUCCCUGGGUGAUGGUCUCAACCAGGGGUGGUGAUAACUUGGUACUGCUGAGUUCUCCCAUGCAUGCACUGAUUUCUGACUGUUUUAAAAUACUGAGCUCCAGAAGUUCUAGCUAUGUUGCUUUAACUGAUGUUCCCUUCGUCUCAGAGGUGCUGAAAACUUUUCUUCCUGUCUUUCCAGUGUCUCUUUGGUUAUUUUUUCUGUCUCUCACUCUUUGGUAUGGCCCAGGGUAUGUUGUGCAGUGGGCUGUCAGAAUAAGGAAUUGCAGUUUUAAAUAAGAAACUAAAUUGGUGUUUUCUGCUCAUACGUUUUCUCUUAUCACUGAGUUGGUCUCUGUAGUGUGUGUUCUCUUUUGCUCCUCUGAGAACUUGAUAGGGAAAGAUGGUGAAGCCCUUGAGUUUCUUCCAGUUUUGGGGAGCAGAGAGUGUGCCUUCGCUGCCCGCCUGAGCGGUUUUCACUUCACACAGUGAUUGUAUUGACUCAGCUCUUUGGGAAUCCUGGUGUAAACAGGCCAUUGACAUUGAUUCUGUUUCAUCUUGCACUUCUUGUACUAGCAUGCUUUGUUAGCACCAAAGGGUUAAGCGUUCUUUUGGCCUUGAUAGCCUCUUUAGUUGGAGUUACCAUUAUUAAAGUGUUAAGACCCAGAUGUCAGCCAAAAUUGUGAAGAUUGCUUUGUCACACUGACAUGCAGACUCUGUGCUGCAGGCACUAGUGCAGUUCCUCCUGUUGCACUGUUGCAGAGCUGUGUCUCUCUUUUUCAGAGUUUGAAUUAUGCACUGGAAUGGGUGGUUGUUCUGCUCUAAAUUCAUAUUAUAAAAUGCACUGGAAUGUACAGGAAAUACCCUGAAACCUAUCCUGAAAAACAGCGAUGGAACUGGGAUUCCUAUUCUUUCCGUUCACCGUUCUCUAUUUAUUUGCAGUCUGAUCUUAUCAGUAUGGCCAACGGGGUAAAACUGCAUCAAUCUACUAAAUAAUUGAAGCCAGAUUGCCAUUUUUAUCUAAUAAAACAAGGAAUGCGGAUUCUUUUCGGAUAAUUAUUUCGUCUUUUUAUGUAACCGUAUAAUUGCAAUGAAGUCAUUUCCACACCUGAUUCUACACUAGAUCAAGUCGUAAAGUUUCCAUCAAAACAAAUCCACAUAUUUUCCAGCCUGCUUUCAUCUUUGCACCCUCCCUGGUGCACCCCUUUCUGUACAAAACGAGCUAACGCUGUUUAUGCAUUAUUAGGUAGUAAGUAGCUUGCAUCUUUUACGGUUUGUUGCAUUUUGUCUGUGUGCUCUAACAUCAUUCAUUUGUUUAGCCACACGUCUGUGGCUCUUUUGUGAAGGUGUCAUUCCUCUUGCAAACUCCCGUUGCAGACACAGCGAAAGUGAUGUGUCAGGGUACAGCACAGAGUGAAAUGCAUCCCUGGGAGUGGGAGGUAGAGGAAAAUUGUUUGGGUUUUUAGACAACUGAGUCUAAAGCCUUCACUUUGACUAUGGCAGUAUAGGAUCAAUAUUGUUUAACAUCUUCAUUAAUGACCUGUGCUCUCCCAUUACCCAUCCUUGGCAAGUUUGCAGAUGGUGUGAGACUGGGAGGAAUGGUUGACUUGCCCAGUGGUUGUGCUGCCAUUUGGAGGGACCUCGACAGGUUGGAGAAAUGGGAGAGCAGGACUCUCAUGAUAUUCAGCAAAGGGAAGUGCAAAGUCCUGCACCCGGGGAGGAAUAAUCCUGUGCUGGGGACUGG